CUAUGAUUUAUCUUUUAACAGUUAGGUUUAGACUUUCAUAAUAAAUAUCACAAAAAUGUGAAUCAUUAUACGACCAAAUACACCAACCCCCGACUGAUUUCAAAUUUUUAUUGGAAAUAUUACAGUUUUUUUGGAUAGUCGCUAGAUUCAAUCUAUAGAGCAAGAUGUACCACCAUAACCAGCAUGAAGAAGAGGAGACGAUAUAUGAUGAGUGGGGUUACCAUAACUCAGCUUAUGUCAUGGUGGAUUUUUUGCUUCCCACUGGAAUCUACAUACCUAUGGAAGUAGAAAGGAAUUCAACUAUUGAAAAAAUUAAAAAGCAAUUAUGGGAUCGUGCAAUACAAUUUCCUUUAUUCGGACAACUCUCGGGACCAGAUAUGUACGUGUUCAUGUACGUCACAGGGAUAGGAACUACAGAAGAAAUUGUGACUGAAAACAGAAGGCUUAUUGAGAUUGACCUUCUUCAUGAGCUGCCGAUGCUCAAACUUGUCAAACGACAAGGAAACAUUGAAGAAAAACGAGUCGCACAAGAAAUCAAAACGCUAGCUGGAAUCAAAAAUGAAAGUGAAAUCAACAAAGAUCCAGAGAAAGCUCAUUUCAGGACAAAAAUGCGAAAGAAAGCUCUUGAGGUUGUCAACGAAAGGGAGAAGAUGCAUUGGAAGGAUUUAUUAAAUCAUAAUUAUCCACCCUCCAUUGUUUACGAACAAGAACCUUUCUUGAGGCAGUAUGGACUUGUUCCUGUAAAAUAUGAGAAUGUAGAGGGUAUGGUAAAGAAAAUGAAAGUUAAUCCGAACUGGAUGAGCCACGAUCUUACAAGGGAAGCUUUGUCAACAUGGAGGAAUGCAGGCAUUGCUCUUCCGACUACCAAUCCCGAAGAUUACGUUCUCAGAGCACCAGGGAAAGAAUAUAUUGUAGGAAAUUAUCAGCUUUUUCAAUACAAGGUUCUUCGUGAUGGAUUAGUAAAACGACCCAAUGUUGAAGAGACCCAACCCCCAGACACGCCCACAUUGAUAUUAUAUCAUGUCGCUUCAAUUCGACCGAUCUUGCCUCAAUCAUCAUAUGGAUUUGAACAAUUGAAGCUUGCCCCACUACCUCCGCCCAUGCCGAGUCGACGUCACAACACGAUGUCUCUUUGGAAACUUGAUACUUCAUUCAAUGUUCAAGUCGUGAGGACCGGGAACAUCAACACCAAGAUGGACAAAAAGUUCAUUGUUCACAUCGGCCUCUACCAUGGGAUUUCAACACUAUGCAAUACCUGCUACACUCAUAAUGCAAAGGAGACGAGAGAGAAUGAUAAGUUGACAUUGGACUGGGAAGACAUCUGUUAUUUUGAUAUAACGUCUUGCCACCUGCCGAGGAAUUCUCGUCUCUGUAUUUCAAUCUGUGUCAUUGAUAAGAAAGAUGUGAAAAAGGGAACAAACAAGAAGAAAGGAGAUAAAAAAAACGACCAAAGAUCCAUUUACGCAAAUUCAACCCCUUUAUUCUGGGUCAACAUGAAUAUUUUUGAUUUCCAAGGAGUUCUGAAAAGUGGGAGGCAUACUCUGCCAUGUUGGAGUUGGCCCGAGAAUCUUGAAAACGACACGUUAAAUCCACUAGGUGUCGUAACAACCAACCCAGACGAGGAAAGUGUGUACAUUGAACUAGAUCUUUCUGAAUACGCAACGCCUGUGGCCUACCCUCCAUUCCAAGACGUACUAGCAGAGGCUGCACAGCAGACUGAUGUCGCGACAAACCCAGAAAUCUUCACAAAAGCUUCAAAGACUCACUUACAGCAACUAGAUGAAAUGCUGGGAAAACCAUCUCAGGAUGAAUUGUUUGAGAAUGAAAAAGAACUGCUAUGGUACCUUCGUAUGGAAUGCAGAGACCAUUACCCACAGUAUUUGUCAAAGAUACUUGGCACCAUCAAGUGGAAUUCCUACAAAAGUGUCGCUCAGAUGCAAGCUUUACUGAACUGUUGGACUCAACUGGAACCCGAACGAGCGUUAGAAUUGCUUGAUUGUCAGUACGCUGAUGAAAAAAUUCGAGAAUUUGCCGUUUCUUGUUUAAGAAAACUACCAGAUGACCAACUUCAACAGUAUCUACUUCAAUUAGUUCAAGUUAUCAAAUAUGAAUCAUACAUUGAUAACCCGCUCGUGUUGUUUCUUCUUGAAAGAGCCUGGAAAAACAGAAAAGUUGGACAUUUUCUAUUCUGGCAUUUGAAGUCUGAGAUGUCAGAUCAGUACGUUGGUGGGAGAUUCUCUCUAAUAUUGGAAGCCUAUUUGUACGGCAAUAUUCCACAUCUGCAUAACUUAGUGAGACAACAUGAUGCUUUGAUGAAAAUGAAAUCACUGAAUCAAUUGGUUAAAUCACCUGGCAUCAAGCAGAGUGAUGUUCCAAGUCAAGGAAGACAAGCUCUACAUGAAUGCAUCAACCAAGAAUCAUACGCUGAGGCUCUCAGCCAAGUUGAAUGUCCCCUGGACCCAAGCAUUUUACUAGAGAAGCCGGAAACCGAGCCAUGCAAAGUUAUGAACAGCAAGAUGAGGCCUCUAUGGUUGGUUUUCAAGAACCAGGAUUCUCUGACUGGAAAGAUAAGCGUCAUCUAUAAAAAUGGAGAUGAUCUUCGUCAAGAUAUGCUGACAUUGCAGAUUAUAUCCAUCAUGGAUAUUCUGUGGAAAUCGGAAGGUUUGGAUCUCAGGAUGAUUCCUUAUGGUUGUUUAUCUACCGGGGUAAAGAUGGGAAUGAUUGAGGUUGUGACAAAUUCCAACACCAUUGCUAAUAUCCAAAAGAAGAAAGCUGGUCGAUUCACUGCAGCAUUUAGACAUGAAACAUUGUUUGAAUGGAUCCAGGAAUACAACAAGACUCCUAAAGAACUAGAAACUGCAAUACAAAACUUCACAUAUUCCUGUGCUGGAUAUUGUGUUGCCACAUAUGUGCUGGGUGUUGGUGAUCGACACUCCGAUAAUAUCAUGGUUACUGAGAAAGGACAGCUCUUCCACAUUGACUUUGGUCACAUUCUCGGGAAUUUCAAAUCGAAAUAUGGAAUUAAGCGAGAGAGAGUUCCGUUUGUUCUCGCUCAUGACUUUGUUCAUGUCAUCAAUAAAGGAAAGACUGACACGAAAGAAGAAUUUGAGAAAUUUAGGAAGCUAUGUGAUCAUGCAUUCUUGAUUCUUCGAAAGAAAGGAUUUUUAUUUGUCACUCUCUUUUCACUGAUGUUGUCAUCCGGAUUGCCUGAGUUGACUUCUCUGGAGGAUCUUAACUAUCUUCGUGAAUCUCUAGCACUCCAUGUGUCAGAAGAACAGGCUCGAAAACAGUUCCGAAGCAAAUUCAACAAAGCUUUGAAAGAUGCCUGGUCGACUUCACUCAACUGGUUUUUCCAUAAUGUUGCAAAGGAUAAUCGUUAGUUUAUACAUUUAUGAUUACUUAAACAGGUUUCGAUGCAACAUACAGAAGGUCAAUUACAAUAUUGUUCAAAUUCAGCAAAUUACAGUGAAGGCUUCAUCACCUCUUCUAUAAUGAUUCCUACCAAUCUAAGUUGGAAAACAACUUCUCGUCUAUAUGAAGGACAUUCAUGAGACUAUGUAUUCAUCCCUAUUCUUAACCUGUUGUCUAUAUCGCAGCCCUCUAGGGAGGAUGCCAUUCAUAUGGCGAUUGAUGCCAUAUACCCAUCCCACCUUCUAACCUGCUGUCUAUAUGGCAGACCAAUAAUUCUCUACAGAGUUUGCCAUUCAAAUGCAGAUUGAGACCAUAUGUCUAUUCCUAUUCUAAACUCUUCUAUAACGAUUUCUAUCAAUUUAAGGUGGUAGACCUCAAUGGGGACAUGCUCAUGUAGGCAAAUUUUUUACUUUUAGAGUAAUUUCUUUUGACUUUUUUCAAGUUCCCAAACUUAAUUUCUUCAUAUUUUUUCUUCCAGUAUAAGAAUCAUAUAAACUAGUCUAUUAAUCAAGGCUUUUUGAUGUUAUUUGUACGAGUGAUUUUCCAAACUUUCAGCCCAAUGGCCACUUCACAGGGACACUGUUUACUUCAUAAAUUGCGAUUAUGUCUUGGGGCAUAGCCAGGAGUGGAGUUAGGAAAUUUCUAAUUUGCAAGUU